UGCCCACAGUCAUAGAUAAACCUUCAGGAGGCUGCAUUUUCCGCUCUGUAAGUUCACAAUACCGAAUCAACUUUACUUCAUCUAGCAGCAUGGAUAAAGCGGAUGCAGUAAUCAUGGAGGACAAUGUAUCAGGUAACUCAAUUGUGCCUAGUACAGGGGAAAUUCUCGAUAUUAAAGACAAACUUGAAAUCAAGAAGGUUAAUAAAAACUCAAAAAAAAAUAAGAAAAGUAUAGAAGAUAUAUUGAAUACUUUGUCCAACCAUAAAACAUCGGAAGAAAAGUUACUUGCUUUGUGCAGUUCAUAUUUAUGUAUAGAUCGUAAAUCACUAAACCUCUCCAAGGAGAUGAAUAAAAGGCUAUUGAGUGUUCAACGAGAAAAUGAACGAUUGGAGUCUGAAAAAAAUAAGGCUUUACUAUUAAAAGAUAAAUUAGCAACUAUGUUUCGUGAUUUGAAUAUGAAAUUCAGAACUUUGAAGAUGGAUAAUAUUUCAAAACUGAAAGAUGAAGAAGAAAAGAGAAAGGAAGUAUCUACUAACUUUCAAAAGCAAUUCAAUGAAUUUAACGAAUUAAUAUCUCAAUUGAAUGAGAAAAACUUACAGUUAAAUAAAGAUAAUGAUCAAAUGAAGAAUAAGUAUAAAGAAAUGUUAGAACACAUGAAAGCUGACGAACAAAGAGUUGAACAAAUGCAGCAAAUUAUGAAGCAACAAAUUAACAAUAUGCAAAUGCAACUCAAGGAAUUGCUACAAGAAAGAGCUAAAAGCGAGGAGAUGUUCUUAAAAGAGAAAACUGAUCUUCUCACAAAAAUAACUGUCUAUGAAAAUAAACUAUUAGAAAAAAAUAAAAAUGAAUUAGAAUUACACAAACAAAUUGAUAUGUAUUCAAAAAAGUACAAAUGUUUUGAGAACACGAUGGUAACGAGCAGUAAAUUCAUAAGUGAAUAUAAUGAAGGCAUGACACGGAUGACAAGUAAAAUUUCCGUACUGGAAAAGGAAACAAAUACAUGGAAAUUACGUUAUAAAGCAAAUAAUAAUAAAAUACUUCAAAUGACAAAGGAAAUAAUUAAUAAUGAAACAGAAAUUAAAAAUUUAAAAAAAAAGUGUAACCAGUUUGAAUCUUUAUGUAAAGUUUUACAGCAAGAGAGAGUAAAAAGAAUAGCCCAAUUGAGAAGCUUGUCAAAUAAUGUUAAAACUGAAAAAAACCAAAAACUUAUUAAAACUGUUGAACAAAAUGUAAAAGAUCCGACUAAAUCUAGCUCACUUACGACAAAUCUUGUAAAUAACAAAAAUGAUGAACCUAAUGUUCAAAUAGAUGAUUUAAUAAUCGAACCUGAUAAUCUGAAUACAAAUAAUGAGCAAAAUAACAACGAUGAUGGUAUAAUAUAUCAGAGUGAUAUGCUUUCAGAAAUGAGUAUUGAAACAAAUAGUCAAACACAGGAGGAUAUACCUGGAACGAAUGGUUUAAUAAAAGAAACUGAAAAUUCAAUUACAAAUAAUAAACAAAUUAAUAAUGAUGAUGGUAUAAUUGAUCAAAGUGUUAUACUUUCAGAAAUAAAUAUCGAAUCAAAUAUUCUAACAAACAAAGAAAUACUUGGAACGAAUGGUUUAACAAAAGAAACUGAAAUUCCAACUACAAGUAACAAACAAAAUAAUAAUGGUGAUGGUAUAAUAUCUCAAAGUGUUAUGCUUUCAACAAUAAGUACUGAACAAAAUAGUCAAACACAUGAGGAAAUACCUGGAACGAAUGGUUUAACAAAAGAAACUGAAAUUCCAACUACAAGUAACAAACAAAAUAAUAAUGGUGAUGGUAUAAUAUCUCAAAGUGUUAUGCUUUCAACAAUAAGUACUGAACAAAAUAGUCAAACACAUGAGGAAAUACCUGGAACGAAUGGUUUAACAAAAGAAACUGAAAUUCCAACUACAAGUAACAAACAAAAUAAUAAUGGUGAUGGUAUAAUAUCUCAAAGUGUUAUGCUUUCAACAAUAAGUACUGAACAAAAUAGUCAAACACAUGAGGAAAUACCUGGAACGAAUGGUUUAACAAAAGAAACUGAAAUUCCAACUACAAGUAACAAACAAAAUAAUAAUGGUGAUGGUAUAAUAUCUCAAAGUGUUAUGCUUUCAACAAUAAGUAUUGAACAAAAUAGUCAAAGAAACGAUGAAAUACCUGGAACGAAUGAUUUAAUAAAAUCAAUGGAAAUUCCAACUACGAGUAACAAACAAAAUAAUAAUGGUGAUGGUAUUAUAUGUCAAAGUGAUAUGCUUUCAGAAAUACGUAUUGAACAAAAUAGUCAAACACAGGAGGAAAUACCUGGAACGAAUGGUUUAACAAAAGAAACUGAAAUUCCAAUGACAAGUAACAAACAAAAUAAUAAUAAAGAUGGUAUAAUAGAUCAAAGUGAUAUACUUCCGAAAAUAAGUAUCGAACCAAAUAUUCAAACAAACGAGGAAAUACCUAGAACGAAUGAUUUAAUAAAAGCAACGGAAAUUCCAACCCUAAGUAACAAACAAAAUAAUAAUGAUGGGGGAAUAAUAGAUCAAAGUAAUAUGCUACCGGAUAUGAGUAUUGAACCAAAUAUUAUUACAAGUAGUCAAAGUAUUUCCUUGGAAUCUGAUAAACAUCAAACAGUCUUACAAGUGCCUCCUAAAGAAACAAUUUCAAGUAAAAGUGAGGCUCAAUCAUUAAAUAUUGAUACAUCAGCAUACACUUAUGCACAAAUAAAAGAUAAUGAUUCUGAUCAAACAAGUUCUAAUAUUCGAAAAGUUGCUGAAUGUACUAGUGAAUCAACAUUGGAAAUUGACACUGAUCAUCAAAAUUUGGUGAAACAAGAUAAACCAAAAAUGGAUGAUAUAAAAGCUACAAAUAAUACAGUAUCUCAUACAGUAAACAGUAAACAAAAGAAAAAAGUGAAAAAAUAUAAGAAUCGAAACAAGAAGUAAAUAGUGAUCAAUUCUUCAUCAAUGAAUCACAAAUGAAGUAGUAAAGUAAUUACAAAAUUAAUCUAUUAGUAGAUCCCAGUGACGUUAAAUUCUUAGCUUUCGAUACUUUGUACCAAAUAUAUAUACAAGUAUAAUAAUACUAUUUAUAAACAAGAAUAACUAUUAAUAACAAAUUAUAGUUUUUUUUAUAUAUUUGUAGUACAUACCUUAUUAAGAAGUACAUUUUCUAAAAAUAUUUUUAUAUUUUCUUUGGAAAAUUCGAAUGUUUGUCAUUAAAUGUAAUUGUCGUAAUUUAGUAGUUGACUAAAGAAGCAUGUACAUUAUAUCUAGGCUAUUGGAUACUUUUACUGCUAAUAUAUUUAA